GGCCCUGGCGUGAGGCUGCAGGCUCCCGGAAGGAAAGGUUGUGUGUCUUGGGGCAAACGCGUUGUCUCUUUGUCGGCCCACCGAGAGUCUUUGGCCGGUGCCCAGCUGCGCCGGGCUGCGCGGAGACGGCGCUGUGGGAAAGAAGGCUGGAGCCCGGCGGGGCAGCCGCGCUUCACGUCCGGCCGCCGGGGCAGCCGCGAGCCGGGCGCGGAAAUCCCCGGCCUCCCACGUAACUGGGGGCGCGGCCGGGAGGGAGGCUUAACCGGCGCGGCCAAGGCAGACACAGCAGUCUGCGGCCGUACACAGCAGCCCUGCUCACGGGAUGGCGCGAGCGAGCUCUGGAGUUUUACUUCUGUUUCUCUAUGUUCUGAGAACUGUUAUUGCAGUGGAAGAGAACGAAGUCACCAGUAUUGUUGGAAACACAGCUGAAUUGCAUUGCAUCUAUUCAAAGGAAAAUAUAGACUUAAGUCAGCUACGAAUUUAUUGGCAAAUAGCUGAUGAUCUGAAAACAUGUCCAGUAGUACAUGCAUUAAUUCUUGGUGAAGACAAUCAAAGUGACCAGUGCAACAAUUUUAAAGACAGGACUCGCUUACUGAAGGAUAAACUUGAAGAUGGCGAUUUUUCCCUGCUACUGUUAAAUAUCACCCCAAGAGAUGAACACACAUACAGAUGCAUAGUGCAGAAGAAGAUGGACAAAGUUUUCAAGGUCGACUAUGAUACGGCUGUGGUUCUCAGGGUAGCAGCAAAUUACAGCCAACCAGUGCUACAUGGACCAACAGAAAGCAGACCAAACAUUGAGGAAGAGAUUACAUUUACUUGCAAGUCUAGCGGAGGCUAUCCAGAACCAAAAGUUUAUUGGACAAAUGAAGACAACAUCUCCCUCCCUGAACCAAAUAUGACAGUCAUCCAGGACCCUGAUGGCACAUACAGCGUUUUCAGCACACUGAAGAUUAAAUCAACUUCUAAGAUGAAAAUAGGAUGUUCCAUAGAAAAUAGGGUACUACAGCAAAAUCUAACUACACCCAAUUUUGAGAAGAUAAACCAAAACCAAAAAGAAAUAAAUGAGCCUGACCCCAGUCCAAAUAAACCAGACGCUAAAGUUAUAAGCAUUGUCAUUAUUGGCACGUUGAUAGCUGCACUAGUUGGUUUAACUUGCUUGCUUUGGAAAAGGAAGUCCUGGCGACAGGCAUCGUAUACAGAUGUCCAACAAAAUGAAGAAGGAACACAGCGCGAUGCACCUGUGUAAGCAGAAAAGAUUGAAACAACUUGAGUGACCAGUGAUGUGUCAAGGAAAGCACCAUUACUACCUUGAAGCCAUGGAUGAUAGCAUCACCUGAAAUAUGAGUGUCACAUUGUUUCCUUAGUGUGGACUAGCAGUGAUGGCAAAAGACAUCUUCAGUGGAAAAGACAAUGAAAUCCACCUGCUUUUGUUCUGCCACUUUUAAUCAACUGUAGCAUGAAAACAUUAAUUAAUCAUUGCAAACAGUCCUUGGAGAUGACUAGAGUUUCAAGCACGUGUUGGUGAAAGGAACAGUGUUGACACACAGGAAUUGGUGCCAAAAUGGUGGGAAAAAAAAAUCAAUAACAACCGACCAUUUAUAUAAUCUGUCUCAGAGUUCCUUGUGAACAGAAGCAGCCAUGUUCAGCAAUGCUGAAGUUCUCCCUGUCCCUCAUAAACUUCUCAAAAUGACUACUGACCAGGAAGAGUGGCAGCUUGGAACAGUAAAAACUGUAAGACUUGUAUAAAAGCAAACUCUGUUGCCUCUUCUGUUUUCACCGUUUCUUUGGUGCCUCCUCUCCCAACUUCAUUGUUUGCAUGUGGUUCUGUACACAAAUAUGCAAAAAGCUUCCAGCUUCUGCAUGCAGGGCCAGAGUUUGCUGUACCUUAGGAAGCCUUUUUUAAAUUAUAAGAAAUGUUUGCACUCUGUUUUAGAGAGAAUUCUGUCAAAAAGGGAGUUUUCCAGUUGACUGAGCACAGAUAUCUCACCUGCUUCACAAGAGUUCAGACGAGCAGUGCUAAAGGAAUACCAUAUUUGUUGCAUUGAUGUCAGCAGUUGUCUGUGCAGAUGGGACCCUACAGAUGGGACAGAAAUCUCAAGCACGGCUGUCUUCCCUUUGGUCCUGUCAAGAUCCAACCACUUUCAUAUUGGAUUCUAGGACACUGGAGAGUUAAAAUAGACUCUUUCUUCCCUUCCUCCUCCCCCCCCAAAAAAUCCAGAAGUGCAAAAAAUAUUGCAUUGGCCAUUGAUAUAGCACAAAUAUUAAUGACCAAAAUAAGCGAGUGGAGAAGAUCAAAAAGGAUGCAUUGACUUGUGUUGUGCUGAAUCCAUAAGGCAGAAGUUGAUCGUAUGACCCCUGUAAUGCUGCUAGGAUCAGGGGAUCUUCCAAGUGCAGGAUGCAAAAAGGCUUUAAGGUUUUGAAGAAAGAGUCUUUUCUACAACUUAGUUCAUUUGGUUAGGGCAGUUCUUGCCAUCCUUACUUUUCACAAAGCCUUUAUAUCUAUUUUCACUAGCAGUCUAUGAUAUUUGCUAGUCUGUUUUGUACCACCUUUGCCACCUGAAUGAAGUCAACCCAGACUUGUUUUGUCCAGGCUCCUAUCAGGAUACAGCAGAUCAGCACUCUGGUUUUUCAGCUUAAAAGCAGACUUCACCUUCCAAUUAAAAAUGAAAGCAUGAGUGAUGAUCAAAUUCCAUCACUGUGAAUAUUAUAAAAAUGCUCAAUGAUUGUAUGAUGAGUAGUUUCUAUUGAAGCAAUACCCAAAACUAGAAUAGUGCAAUAACUGCAAGUUAAAACAGCUCUGGUCUGCUCUGUAUGUACUGAAGCCACAAUUUAGCAGUCACUUCAGUGCAAAUGAGGCUUAUUCCAACCCUGUUAAAAUCUGAGUUUUUGUAAGACAUUCUGUGCUGAAAUGACAGUGGGAAGAACAAAGGUUUUAUGUAUUAUAAAAAAAAAAAAACAGUAAUUUUUUUAAAUUGACCUUGUGUAUGAACUGUGAGGAAAGUGUAAUGUGUAUCUUCUGCCUAAGGUACAUGAGUAAGUCUGACACAUUUAUGACUAGAUAAAAAAUGCUUUCAUUUUGCCACCCACCUCUCAGAUUACAAUAUAUCCUCAUGCCUGGGGUUGUGGACCCAGUCUCAGUAUUUUGCAGAUGAGACUAUAAGAGUGCCUUAAACUACUUUUGCUCUUAUACCUUAAAGUAGACAUUGGGUAUUUUCAGCAAUCCAUGGUCUAUUUAUGUUCCAUUUUACUGACUUCUAAAUAUAAUGUGUUUGAUAAAAACUGUAGCCUUGCACUAGACUCCCUAAAAUGUGAAUCAUAUCUAUGCUUCUGUGGAAUACAUUAUUUUCUUAAUGGUUCAGACAGUUGGUUUGUGUUUUUGUUUUUUUAACAUCAGCCCCCAUAGUGCGAUUUUUGACAUAUGUGUGUACCAAUUCUAAUUGCAGUUUUCCUCUAUAGUCCUUGGUCACAACAAGCUACACCUUGUAUUUGGGGAUGUAAGGAAUGAACAAGGCACUGCUCCUGGAAUGCAUUGUUAAGCUACUUCAGACUAUUUAAUUCUAUUUGAUUACUUUGCAACUUGUAAGAGGUACACCAGAAUGUGACAGCUUGCUCUCAGUCGAUUUUGCUCUUGAUCUUUGUUUGGUUCUGGAUUAUGUCUUAUUUUUACAAGGCAAAUCCCAGGCUAUAGUUGUCUGUUACGAUCUAAAAGACUAGGAAGACUGGCAACCUCUACCAACAUUGUUUUUGUUGUCCAUGUCUACGUUUCAAAUAAAACAUACUUUGGUUCUGACUGUCA